GUAGGAGAGAGACGUGAAUCAAACCAGCAACGAAACUGCUCAUGUAAACUGUGUGACAGGCGGAUGGAAUGCGCAUCUUUCUCUGCCUCUCUUGCGGUUAACUUUGGACUCUGUGUGAGGACUUGUUAACCGUGCGCGCAUGGGUUCCGUGACAGGUUGUAAAGAAGGAAUUCCAACACUAUUUUUAAAGCCACACGCGGAUCUGGGGGCGUGGACCGCUCGAGCACAGACCGUUUGGCUCGAGGAACAUUGAAUGUGACUGUUGGCUGUGGAUUGUCGUACCACUCUACCGGCUUGGAGUGCCCAGGCAUACCCAAAGCAUUUGGACACAACAUGGUCCGAGCUGUCGCUCUCGUUGGUACGGGAUUGCUUUGAGUUUAAAUGAUAUUUUCUGUCAAUUUUCUUCUCAUUGGAAUACGUACAUUUUGCUCCGAUUGAGGGUUUACAAGAGGAGUGAGGGCGGCGUGGAAGGAAUAGGCUACUACAGCGGGAGCAAAGCGUCUCCAAAUAGCGCAACGUUGGAACGUUAAAUAAUGAUUUUUUCUUUGCCUAAAGUGAUUGUUUACGGUGAACCUGGCAUGUCGAUAUGGGCGAGUAACAUCGAUGGCCAAAUGACAUCGGGGAUUUGAGAGCUGUCACCGCAGCCACUGAACUCAUCUCCGUCUGCAAAUAUUGGCAUGUGUCAAAUGAUAUCAGUGUAUUUCGUUUCACUGACCUUUUUCACCAGGUUUAUUGGAUAUUAUCACAGAAUAACGGGAGCGCAUAUAUUCCAUAUUCCCUAUAACAAAAAAUAAUAGAAUUUUGAACUACGUAGCCUACAUUUUAGGCUAUUAGGACUGAGUCAUGGAUUUUAACAGUUGCAUUGUCCUUUCUUCGUGUGUUCCUGACCUUUAGACUGCAUUAGGCCUAUUUGCGAAGAUACUGCAAUUUUCAUUUGCAUUUAACAAUGAGAUUUAAAAUCAGUUUGGGGAAGUAAUUAUUGGUGGUGUUCAGUUCUGCACUCUUUACAUUAGCUUACUUAGCUACAACACCCAAACAUGACAAGCACUGGACCUGUCAUCGUGUUUGAGUGGCUGAAGACACUCCAACUCUCUCAGUAUGUGGAGUCCUUCGUGGAUAACGGCUACGAUGAUCUGGAAGUUUGCAAACAAAUUGGGGACCCCGACCUGGAUGCUAUCGGUGUCUACAUACCGCACCACCGGCAAAGGAUCCACAACGCGGUGCAAAGGCUGAAAGACGAAGAUAAGGAGACCGCGGCGGGGCUGUAUUUUACACUUGAGCCGAUGCCCCCCGCGUCCGAAAUGUAUCCUAGUCACCUGGUGGACCAGUACGAGUCCAAACUGCGGGGGUCCAAGUCUUGGACCGAACCGAAUAGUGACCGGGUCGGAAGGAAUGGGGGCACGUAUCUGGGCGGGCAGAGGAACCUGACGCUUGGCAACCGGAGGGAGCUGGUGAUUUACCCCAAACUGAAGCUGAAGAUCAUGAUUAGGGAUAAAGUCAUUAGAGAUGGAGUCAACCUUGCCAGGCCGCCAUACUCAAACAAGGAUGGUUCUCUGGGGAACAUUGAUGACCUGGCCCAGGAGUAUUCUGAGUACUACAACACCUGCUUCAGUGACGUCAGCGACCGCAUGGAGGAGCUACGUAAGAGACGUGUGUCCCAGGACCUCGACAUGGAGAAAGUUGACACAAGCCCCACCUCUCUGCAGCUUCGCUCGGAGAUCCAGGAGUCCCUUGGUUUCAGCAGUGAGGUGUCCACUCCAGAGACAGAGAGAAAGAUGUCUCUGCACAAGUCCAGCUCUGAAGACGGCUCUGGAGGUAAAUGGGACAAUAAGAAGAAGAACAAAUCAUUCUGGCAGAAUUUCCGCAAGACGUCUCAGAAGGGAGUCAUGCGGCAGACGUCAAAAGGAGAGGACAUAGGCUAUGUGGCCAGUGAGAUCACCAUGAGUGAUGAAGAGCGCAUCCAGCUGAUGAUGAUGGUGAAGGAGAAAAUGAUCACUGUGGAAGAGGCUUUAGCUCGGCUGAAGGAGUAUGAGAACCAUAGCAGACAGUCCAGCAGUACUGACACUGCAGAGUGGACUGAUGGAUCCACUCCCAAUCUAAACCAGUCCUCAAACUGCAAAUCUCGGGAGCAGUCUGAUGAUGAGCAGACAGAGGACUCAAUGAAGUUCAAGCGGCUCCACAAGCUGGUCAACUCUACCCGCCGCGUCAGGAAGAAACUAAUCAAGGUGGAAGAGGGCAAGAAACACGGCUCCGAAGAUUCUCUGAGCCUGGAGGCAUCUCCUACAUGUGAGGACAACACAGCCCUGUACACAGGGGUCCUGAAGAAGUCCAGCCUGCCCCAGGAUGCCUCCAUGUCCUCCCUGACCCAGGACCAGCUCUCUCUGGACGGGGACACAGACAGCCUGACCACCUCCCCUUCCUCCAGCAGCCUGGACACCAACUGGUCCGGACACAAGCUGGUCAAGGCCUUCUCUAAGUCCAGCAGCACCCACGGCCUCAUCCGGCCCCCCAGGAGAGUCCCUGCUGGGUCUGAGGGUCUGGGAGCCGUCGGGGUGGGAGGUAGUGGAUCCUCCUUCUCGGAGCUGGACGGCUGUGGUGCAGAGGCCGAAGAGAAGGUGUCGCACUCCAUGACGGAGGGCGAGAUGCGGAAAGCCCUGACCUCUCUCUCCCAUGGGAGGACAUGUAGUUUUGGAGGGUUUGACCUGUCCAACCGGUCGCUCCAUGUGGUCAGUGCAGGCUCAGAGCCCAAUAGUAAGGAUCCAGAGGCUAUAUACCGGGAGGUAGUCAAGUCUCCCAACACGUCCCGUAUCUCUCUGGGGAAGAAGGUGAAGUCUGUCAAAGAGACCAUGAGAAAACGCAUGUCCAAGAAGUACAGCAGCUCAAUGUCUGAACAGUCGAGCCCAGACGGGGCUCCCAGCUCCCCCCAGUCCCCUCAGCCAGACACAGACUCUCUGGAGAAACCCAAGCUGAAGGCUGGAGGAUCAGUGGAGAGCCUCCGGAGCUCCCUCAGUGGACAAAGCUCCAUGAGUGGUCAGACAGUCAGCACCACAGACUCGUCUGCCAGUAACAGAGAGAGUGUGAAGUCUGAGGAUGGAGAUGACGAGGAGCCUCCCUACAGAGGGCCCUUCUGUGGCAGGGCGCGAGUACACACUGACUUCACCCCUAGCCCCUACGACUCAGACUCCCUCAAACUAAAGAAAGGGGAUGUGAUCGACAUCAUCAGUAAGCCUCCCAUGGGGACGUGGAUGGGCCUGCUCAACAACAAGGUGGGCACCUUUAAGUUCAUAUAUGUGGACGUGCUGAGUGAGGAGGAGGAGAAGCCCAAGAGACCUGUCAGGAGGAGGAGGAAGGGCAGACCUCCCAAACCCACCUCUGUAGAAGAGCUGCUGGAACGCAUCAACCUCAAGGAGCACAUGCCUACCUUCCUGUUUAACGGCUAUGAGGACCUGGACACCUUCAAGCUGCUGGAGGGGGAGGAUCUAGAUGAGCUCAACAUCAGAGACCCUCAACACAGAGCUGUGCUGCUCACCGCUGUGGAGCUACUGCAGGAGUAUGACAGCAGCAGCGACCCGGAGCGGAGUGGCCUGUCAGGCUCUCAGGAGAAGCUGCUAUCAGAGGGCCACAUCCUGGUGGGUGACUCACCACGUGACUCUGGCUGCUACGAGAGCAAUGAGAACCUGGAGAAUGGCAAGAGCAGGAAGACAUCUCGCUCCAACCGCUCCUCUGCGGGCCUCCAGUCCCCAGACUACCCCACCCUGCCCAUGACCCAGUCCACUGAGGCCCUGCAGCAGAGCAAGCUAGAGCACGCAGCGAAGUUCACAAAGCACUUCUUCCUCAAGCCCACCCUGAGGGGCUUCAGCCUGCUGGGGCUGAGGAAGGGCCACCGCCGGACCCGGACCCCCAUGCCGGCCAGCCGCAGCUGUGAGGACCUGGACGGGCCACCGGAGGCCACCGGCCCCCAGGCCUGGAAGAGAUCCCACUCCCUGGGGGACCUCCACUGGGAGCAGGCCUUCGAACAGAAGAAGGACUACAGCCUAGAGCUCAAGCCCGCUAAAGGUGUCUCCAAGUCGGGCAACAGCAGCACGGUGAAGGGCCUCCAAAGUCAUGGAAAUGGGGGUUCAUCACCGGCUCAGAAUGGAGAGAGUGCUGUGAGCCCUAAAGGGCGUUCUGACCACUCCCCUGUGCCCUCCCAGCUGCCCCUCAGACCCCCCUGUCCCACCGCCCCGCUUCCCCAGCCCCAGGUGACCCUCCCCAGCCUGCUCCCCAGCCCUCCUGAAUCCCAGCUGGGGGAGAGGAGCAUCCGGACUCACCCCAAAAAGCCCCCAGUGCCCCCUCCCGUUCCAGUCAAGAAAUCCAAGGAGCGCCUGGCCAAUGGAAUGCGCCACCGCUCUCUUGUCCUCUCCUCCCCCACUCAUUCAUAUACCUCCACCCACUCUCAUCCCCCCAGCCCUGUCAUCAGCAGCCCCAGUGCUCCAGCCCUCCCCAGUAAGGCCUCCAGUACCCCUGCCUCCCCCUCUCCAGCCAGCCCCUCUCCAGCCUCCCCUGCCUCCACCACCACCACCGGCAGUCCAGAGCCAGACGAACCAGGCACCCCCCCAGCCGUGCCCCCUCCCUGGCUGUCUGACCUGCCCGAGUCGGCCUGCCCUCAGGCUCAGAUCCAGGGCGGUGGUGGCAAGAUGGCGGUGGCCAGGAAGGUGUCCUAUGCUAAAAUGGCCGUCGAUCUCCACAGCGUGCUGGAGCAGAGACUGGAAGCCGAGAGCAUCGACCUCACAGAGGAACCCUACUCAGACAAGCAUGGUCGGUGUGGUAUCCCCCAGCCCCUGGUGCAGCGCUACAGUGAAGACCUGGAGCAGCCAGUGAAGGAUGUGGCAUCCAACAUGGACCAGGUCCGCGUCAAGCAGCUCCGCAAGCAGCACCGCAUGGCUAUCCCGUUCGGAGGUUUGACAGAGAUGUGCAGGAAGCCUCUCUCCGCAGGUCACGUGAGCACCGUCUCUGAUUGGCUGGUGUCCAUCGGCCUACCCAUGUACGCCUCACCGAUGGCAGCUGCAGGAUAUGACACAUUGGGACGUGUGUCCUCUCUCACGGAGAGCGGCGUGUGGGAAGCGGGGGUGCGGGACGAGAGGCACGUUCGUAGACUUGUGAGCGAGGCCCGAUUGGUCAGCGCACACAGAGACGGACAGUCAUAACCUUGACAGUGGAGCCCAUGCAGGUGUAACUGGGACAGUUGAACGGCUACGGCACAGAUGACACAGUUGAAACUAAAGCACAGUUGCAAAUAAAUGCAGAACUGAAUAACUGUGAAAGUGACCACAGCACAGCUUCCAGCACCUAUUGAGACUUUUGACUGGACUGCGGAUUGCGGGUGGCUUGUAGUUGCAGCCCAGCUAACACUUGAGACUUAUGAGCAGCAAACCUGUUCUUAUUCCCCCGUCUUUAUCAAUCUGUCUCUCUCGCUUUCUAUUCCUCUCUUUCAGAUGUUUACGGUGAGAUUGUUCCGACUGCCGAGAACAGUUAUCAGAUGCCUUUAAAACUGACUGUUUCCUUCUGAAACAUCCCCCCAGUCUUAAAAUACAAGACUGAGAAGAACUGCCUUUGAGGAAAUUAGCACACUUUUUUUAGACUAUUUUUUUUACUCUCCUUUUAAAGACUGUUUAUUGAUGUUUUUCUCUGUGUUUCAGAAGUGCUUGAUUUUUAUCUCUUGUGCAAGACAAAAGCACUGGGAGAGUAGUAAGAGGAUGUACAGUGGGGAAAAAAAGUAUUUAUUCAGCCACCAAUUGUGCAAGUUCUCCCACUUAAAAAGAUG